AUGAUUUCGUCGGUUAUUUUUUUCCUAAUUUCUCUCUCUUACGUCCAUCUUGAAAUACAACGUGAAUUUAAUGUGAGCGAAUCAGUACCACGCGGUCACGUGAUCGGUUAUGUAAAUAACAGCGCAACUAUUGGUGUUCAGCCUAAUUAUUAUAUCAUUUUUCCCGAUGGAAUUGCUGAUGUUGAUAAGGUUAGUAUGAAAUUCAUCAUAUUUAGUUAUUCUAGAAUAAAAUAA